AAGCAGCAGAGAAGGCCAUACCUUGGUCAGCACCAUCAGCAGCAGCAAAGUUCAGGGGGGAUGCACCUACAAGUAUGGUCCACACUCAUGUGAACCCCUUCCUCAUCAACUUGCUUCUUUUGGGCCCCACCAACUUUGCCCAGCUCAUCUUCCCCCACCUCACACCCAUACCUACAUACAAGCACACAAGAAGAUAGCCCUGCCUCCUUCUCAUGAAUCUUCUUCCCAUCAUCGCAUGAGUUGACCCACACAAACACCCACGCCACGGCCCACGAGAUUUUAUGAAUUCCAAGCAAACAUAUUGCUUUAUAUAACAACCCAAACGAUUAGCAACAUGACCGCUUCACCCCCUUCUAUAUAUUCCCUUCCCGUUUGUUUCCAAAACCUUAGCCCGUCCUAUAUACUUUCCCAUUACUGCAGGCUCGAGCUAGCCAUCCGUAUUAGACAUGGACAGCAGGUGCAUCGAGGAUGUCUGCGGUAAGACAGAGAAGCUGCCGCCGCCGGGCCCUGAAAGCCUGCAGCGGGUGGGCAGCGGAGCCAGCGUCGUUCUCGACCCGGAGGUCGGCAUCGAGGCUGAGUCCCGGAAGCUGCCGUCGUCGCACUUCAAGGGCGUCGUGCCCCAGCCCAACGGCCGGUGGGGCGCCCAGAUCUACGAGAAGCACCAGCGGGUCUGGUUGGGUACCUUCAACGAGGAGUCCGAGGCCGCCCGAGCCUACGACGUCGCCGCCCAGCGCUUCCGUGGCCGCGACGCCGUCACCAACUUCAAGCCCCUGUCCGAGACCGACGACGCCGACGCGGCCGAGCUGUCGUUCCUCGCCUCCCACUCCAAGGCCGAGAUCGUCGACAUGCUGCGCAAGCACACCUACGAUGACGAGGUCCGGCAGGGCAAGCGCGCUUUCGGGGCCGGCAGGAGGAAUAUGCCUGCAGGCUCCGGCGGCGGCGGCGGCGGCCUAGGCGCUCGGUUCCUUGCAGCCUCGGGCGGCGGAGCGCAGCGCGAGCACCUCUUCGACAAGGCCCUCACGCCGAGCGACGUCGGCAAGCUGAACCGGCUGGUGAUACCGAAACAGCACGCCGAGAAGCACUUCCCGCUCCAGAUCCGCAGCGCCGCCUGCAAAGGCGUGCUGCUGAACUUCGAGGACGCCUGCGGGAAAGUAUGGAGGUUCCGCUACUCGUACUGGAAUAGUAGCCAGAGCUACGUGCUCACCAAGGGGUGGAGCCGGUUCGUGAAAGAGAAGAGCCUCAAAGCUGGGGAUGCCAUCACCUUCCAUCGAUCAACCGACCCGGACAAGCAGUUGUUCAUCGAUUGGAAGCCUCCAGCUGUCGGCGGUCAUGCCGAGGCCAGACCGGUUCAGGGGAUCAGGCUCUUCGGUGUGAACUUGCUCAAAACUCCGGCAGUCAAAGUUGGUGGAGCCGGCUUGGAUGGAAAUGGAAGAGUUUAUGUGGUUGGUUGUAGCACAAAGGGAAUCAGAGAUAUGGAUCAUCAGUCGAUGCCAUCGCCGCAGCUCUACUUCAAGAAACAAAAGACGGAAGCCUUGUAGUAUUGGCAUUUGCCUUAAGACUUUUCCAUUUCGUCUUUUAUGUAAAUAUUCGAGUGUAUACUCUACGAGAGAUGGAAAAGUUGAAUCCGACUGGAAGGAAUGAAACAUCAGGGAAACGAUUUUUUUUUUUCUGUUCA